UUGUUUACAACGCACUCGCCCCUGCGGGAAAGUGAACGAAACGUGUCAAAGAUUUUGGAGAGGCAUCGGAUUGCAUUAUCUUCUGUUUUGGUUCGUGGGCGUGUGGGCGAAACCCAAUCCUCCCAAAAGUUUUCCCACUUUUCGGUGUUUGUUCCCAAAAUUUGUCCCGAUCCGAUUUUUUUUACGUUCUUUUUUAUGUGUUUGAGUUGUGAAUAAGAGAAUAUUUUCCCACUCGAGCAUUUGAGACCAGCGCACAAAAUGUGGAAAAUUUGCUACGUUAGCCGAAAUCAGUAUUUCCUGGUGGGGCUGUUGAUCGGGUUCCUGUACAGUUGCUACAUGCCCCAGGAUCUGACGGAGAUCAUCACCGAAUGCCCGGAGGCAACGGAACAAGCCAGUCGGCUUGCCGAUGAAGCGAAGUAUGGAAGCGAGUUUGAACCGCAGCUGAAUCUGGAACAGAAGCCAAUGACGGCAAAGAAACAGGUUAAAAAUAUCGUCCGACCCAGGUAUUACUACACGGAGCUUGGGAUUCGGGAGAAGCUGUUCGUGGGAGUGUUGACCACCCAGGAGAACAUUGAUUCUCUGGCGACGGCUAUCAACAGGACCUCUGCGCACUUGGUUAAUAAAAUUAAGUUCUUCAUUAACGCGGAUAACGUGAAGGCGAAUUUUAAGCUGAAGAACAUUGUGGGAUUCACGGAUACUCGGGAAAACCUGCGACCGUUCCACGUGCUCAAAUACAUUGCCGAUAACUAUCUGGAUGAUUACGAUUAUUUCCUACUGGUGACCGAUACUGGUUACAUUAAUGCGAGGCUGCUGAAGGAGCUUCUCUCUCACAUCAGUAUUAGUUUCGAUGUUUAUAUGGGAACCGGCCGUGUUCCGGGUUUCCACGAAGAGGAAGAGGCUAAGCUGGAUUCUCAGUUCUGUGAUUUACACGCAGGGAUUGUACUGAGCAGCAGUGUGAUACGGAAGAUACGAGCGAAUCUUGAUUGGUGCGUGCGCAACUCGGUCUCGAAUCAGCACAAUUUAAACAUCGGUCGGUGCGUGAAAUAUUCCAGCAAAAUCGACAAAUGCCAAACGAGUUCGCAAGGUAUCGCGGUUACAAGCUAUAAACUAAACAGCUACAAAAUCUACCGAGAUCUUCAUAUGAUUCAGAGGGAGGAAAGUUUCAACAAGGCUUCGAUCGUUUACCCGAUUACGACGGCGGAUGAUUUCUAUCUUCUUCACGCGUACUUUGCCCGGGUUCAUCUGGAGGAAAUCAAUCUGAUGAAGAACAAAAUCCAACAGGAAGCUUCCACCAUAUCCAAUGGAACACUGCCGAACGACAUUCUGGAGGUUCGAUGGCCACUGGGCGUUCCGAAGCCCAAUCCGCCGGAAUCACGCCACGACAUCGUGCCGUGGACUCACCUCAAUCUCACGCACUCCUUCAUGUGGAACUCGGAGGUGAACGUCCGUCGGUUAUCCACCGUGGACGCCGAGGAUAUGCAGAAUAUUCUGAACAAAACGAUUCUUGAAGCGGUUCGAGUCAAUCCAGGUUUGGAGUAUCGGAGCGUCCAUUCGGCUUACCGUAAAUUUGAUGCCGUCCGGGGGAUGGACUAUCGGAUGCAUUUGAAUUUUUACGAUCGGAAGCGCCGUGAGCAUCUGCUGAAGAGCUUCGAGGUGGUGAAGCCAAUUGGUCUCAUCGAAAUUGUUCCCUCGCCGUACGUGACGGAGAGUACAAGGGUCGCGAUUCUACUGCCCACGCUCGAACAUCAAGUCCCGGAAGCGCUGCAGUUUGUGCAGAACUACGAGCGUGUUUGCAUGGACAACCAGGAUAACACAUUUCUGAUGUUGAUCUUUUUCUACCGGAUGGAUACGCCCAGCAAGGGCGAUGAUGAUGUCUUCCUGCCGCUCAAAAAUAUUGCCCUGAGUCUCACCGACAAGCACAAACAAGACGGAUCCCGUGUCGCGUGGGUUUCGAUACGGCUUCCGCCAGAACUGAGCCAACCUUUCAAUCUGAAUCACCUCUACUCGACCUCGCUAUACGGACCAAACCAACUGCUCAGCUUUGCGGCAACCGAUCUUGCGCUGCGUAAGAUCGGACUCGACAGUUUGGUCAUGAUUUGCUCCAGUUCGGCCACGUUCCGAUCGGACUUUCUCAAUCGCGUUCGGAUGAACACGAUCGCAGGCUUUCAGGUGUUUAGUCCCAUCGGAUUCACCAUGUAUCCCUGUCGGUGGACAAAACUGUGCAAGGAAUGCGAUGGAUGCGAUGUUGGCCAGAGCAGUGGCUACUUCGAUCGGGCGAAUUAUGACGUGCUUUCGUUCUACAGCCGGGAUUACGUGGAGUCCCGGAAGAGCCUGGAGCAACUGUUGCCGAUCGUGAGAAGCGACCGGGAUAUCGUUAAUCUGGUCAACUACACACAGGACAGUAUCUCCAACGUUGCGGAACUGUUCGUUCGGGCCAACAACAAAAUUCACGUGCUGCGAGGAAUCGAACCGAAUCUGAGACUUGGACGCGCAAUGGAGAACUUCCUCGCAGGGGAUCCAGACGGAGAGAAACUGGUUACGCUACAGUGCGAGGAAGCGGAUCCGGAGCGAUGCGUUCGGAUUGCCUCGAAGAAGCAAAUUGGCGAUGUUUUCGUGCAAUACGGAAACGAUCAGGUGAACCAAGCGAAGAAGUAGAACUUAGAGCGUUUCCUAUAGACUAUUCAAAUAUAUUUUUAUAUAUCUCGCCAAAUCAUUAAUUCUCAAUAUACUACGACGAUACUAAACUAGCAUUUAAGACAUAUCCUAUUUUGAUCAAUUUUUACCAAAAGCGUAUUGUACGGGAAUCAAUAAAGUGUCUUUUUACGAAUGAGA